CUGAAUCUUAUUCUCGAGCUCUAACUUCUUACAAGAGAGGGGACUUUCUAGAGAGUGAGAGAAUUUUGUAGUCGGAGAUGUUGGGGGUGUUCAGCGGCUCGAUCGUUUCGCCUCCGGAAGAGCUGGUGGCUGCCGGCUGUCGGACUCCUUCGCCAAAGAUCACGUCUGCGGCACUGCUGAACCGGUUCAUCGAGACCAAUGCCUCCGCGGUGUCCAUACAUGUCGGAGACGAAGUCCAGUUGGCCUACACUCACCACAAGGAGUCCCCGUUGCUGCCCAGGUCAUUUGCAGUGAAGGAUGAGAUAUUCUGCUUGUUCGAGGGAGCCCUCGACAACUUGGGAAGUUUGAAGCAGCAAUAUGGGCUUGCCAAGUCUGCGAACGAGGUGGUCUUGGUCAUUGAGGCUUACAAGGCACUCCGUGACCGUGCACCCUACCCUGCCAACCAUGUUGUUGGCCACCUUAGCGGGAGUUUUGCAUUCGUAGUCUUUGACAAGUCUACCUCAACCCUCUUUGUUGCUUCUGACCAAUAUGGUAAGGUUCCUCUGUAUUGGGGAAUCACUGCUGAUGGAUAUGUCGCUUUUGCUGACAACGCAGAAUUGCUUCAAGGUGCUUGUGGCAAGUCACUUGCUUCUUUCCCUCAAGGAUGUUUCUUCUCUACGACCGUCGGAGAACUGAGAAGCUAUGAGAACCCAAAGAAUAAGAUCACUGCGGUACCUGCUACUGAUGAAGAGAUCUGGGGUGCAACAUUCAAGGUAUGCCCACCAGCUAAGGAGUCUGAUGGAGUUCAAAUCCCCCGCAUAUUAUGAAAUUCUGUUGUACUGAUUUGUCAAUGACUCAAAUUGGUGGGGCUGAAAAUUUCAGGUGGAAGGGCCAGCGGUUGUUGCAGCUACAGAGUGAGUGUGAUAAAACAAAAUCUAUAUCCAACUGGGCUGGAGAGGGUGGGUUUUUAUAUGGCAAUGGCUGAUGCAUCCUCUAUGCUCUGGGGCCAUGUAAAAAUUAAAAUAGCUGAACGAGUGAUAACAACUGUUGGUAAUGGAAAUGGCUUGGCCUUUGUGGGUAGUUUUGUGUUAUUAAGUUAUCCUUUGCUCUAGCUUGAACGAAUGUACAGUUGUAAUUUCUAGUCUAAUAAGUAAUAAAGUACUGUCUUUUUUCUUCCCA